ACAGUCAACGCAUGCGCAGAACGAGGUGAAAGUCUACGCAUCAACAACACUGGUGACAAACUAUCGACAACAACUUUGGGGUGAUUCGGGUUCUGGAUCUACUUGAAGACUACCGUGGUGGAUUUUUAGUCAAAGUAGGACCCCGGAACCAGCUGAGACCAGGUUUUAUCGUGAAAAGGAAAAGAGAAGUGAGACGUUGAUCCUCGGCAGCACUUUAUGGAAGUCUUUACGGUGGUGAGAUUGUAAGGCUGCGCAGUUACUUCCUGUUGUCAUAGAGAGUGAUGUUGGACCCGGUUAGACCCGGUUAGACCAUAGACUGGAUCCAUAAGUGUUAUACAUGUCGUGGACGGGCUCCGAGACCUGAGGCAGGGGACGGGAGAGGACUUUAAACAACACGGUGUGUUCCUGUAUGUCCGCUACAUGAGUGUGUCUGCAGGAUGUCUCUGAGUUCAGGAGGUUGGACUCACUCCCCUGGAUUCACUCCGGACCAGUCUGCCGUCCUCCCCGGUCACUAUGGGGCCUCACAGGCUCGGCAGGGCUGCCAAACCGUCCUCAUGUCGGUUCGGGUGUCGGUGUGCCAUUCUGGGAUUCGCCCGCUGUGUCUUCCGGGAGCAGGUGAUGAGUCACUCCGCCUACAGCUCAGCAUGGACCCGGGGAAAUCCGGGGAAUUCCGGCUGUCGCUCCAAGACAGCAGCGGGACUGGCCGGAGUGUGACCAUCGCUGAGUUUGACUUGGGGGUGGUAAACUACGAGGUGAAAUCACCAAAGUGUCACGAGCUGAGUCUCCUGGCGCCUCCACAUGAACGGAUCAGCUUCAACUUCCGCUGUGAGCAGGAGGCCCAGGAGUGGGCCACGGUGGUGAUGUCUUCUCUGAGAGAGGCCCAAAGAGUCGUCCCGCAAGAUAAUGAACCACAUCAGCAGCAGCGUGAUGGUCCCGAUCAUCGUACCACCAUAGCCCUGCAGCAGACAGAGGACACUUGCAUUGAACUGACCAGAGCCAUAGAAGCAGGUGACAUGCAGUCUGCUGCUGUCUAUGCUGCAACGCUCGCCCGGCAACAUGCCUCGCUCAAGAUACAGCCGUCGACCAGAGAUUAUGAAGACACUGAAAUCAACUUGACUGUUGUCGUUGAGGAUUCUUCUUCGUCCUGUUGUGUUACUGUGAAAGUUUUCCCACACAUGACUACUGCGGCACUGAAACAACAGAUGUUCCUGGAGUAUGGCUUUCACCCUCGUGUGCAGCGUUGGGUAAUCGGUCAGUGUCUGUGCACUGACCAGCGCUCCAUCGCCUCGUACGGGGUUCAUCAGGAUGGUCACACGGCCUUUUUGUACCUCCUCUCUGCGCGUCACGCUCGCUUGACGCUCCAGGCCCUGCAGCUGGACCAGGAGAGUGCUCUCCUUCUGGGUCCUCCAUCUCUGUCUGUUCCCACUCCCCCCCUCCCUUCUACCUCUUCCAACGGCCCCUCAUCCCUGGAGAGGAGGCCGUACAGCACCCUGCCUCCCAGACUCCAUACAAGCAGCAGCAGUGGUGGUGGGUCAGAAAGAGGAAACAUCAGUGAGAUCAGAGAUCUCAUCAACCUCGAGAUGCCUCAACUCAAUGAAGCACUGAGUCCCAGCCCAGCCUCCACCCAGGGUUGGUCCUGCCCUUCUUGCACUUACAUUAACAAACCAACACGACCGGGCUGUGAGAUCUGCAGCACAAACCGUCCCGAGAGCUACAUCAUCCCAGGAGGAUACAGACCAGACGCACUUGAACUGAGACGGAUCCAGCAAGAGAAGGAGGCGAUCAGACAGUACCAGCAGGCCAGAGAAGAGGAGCGAAGGGAGAACUUUGCUCGUCUGGUGAUGAUGGACAGCCAGGACCUGCUGCCCAACCCAGAGCUGGUGGACUGCAGGAUCUGCUACGUAGACCUGCAGCCUGGAGAGGGGGUCCUGCUGAGGGAGUGUCUGCACUGCUUCUGCAGAGAGUGUUUACGAUCAGUCAUCAUGCUGAGCGAGGAGCCGGAGAUCGCCUGUCCCUACAGAGAUGACACGUACUCCUGUACCUCCUCGCUGCAGGAGAGGGAGAUCAGAGCUCUGGUGCCGGCAGAUGAGUAUGAACGCUGGCUGCAAAGAGGUCUGUCUGUGGCAGAGUCUCGGUGUGAGGGCAGCUACCACUGUGCCACUCCAGACUGUCAGGGCUGGUGUGUGUACGAGGACACGGUCAACGUCUUCCACUGUCCCGUCUGCAGGAAACAGAACUGUCUGAUCUGUAAGGCCAUCCAUGAGGGAAUGAACUGUAAGCAAUACCAGGAUGAUCUCGCAGCUCGAGCUAUAAAUGACUCUGCUGCCAGGCGGACAACACACCUCCUGAAGACUCUGGUGCAGUCAGGCGAGGCAAUGCACUGUCCCCAGUGUGGCAUCAUUGUGCAGAAGAGGGAUGGAUGUGAUUGGCUGCGCUGCACUGUCUGUCACAUUGAGAUCUGCUGGGUCACAAGAGGACCGCGCUGGGGGCCGAGGGGUCCUGGAGAUACCAGCGGAGGAUGUCGCUGCAAUGUCAACAACCAGAAAUGCCACCCUAAAUGCCAGAACUGCCACUGAGAAUCUAAAGAGGGGUCGGGUUAUAGACGGGCAUAAACUGGAAGUAGACUGCUCUCCUUCAUAGGAGGGAAAGCAUUAAUGUGAACAAGAGAAGUGUUUCAAGCCAAAAACUAACCGACUGACCAGAUGAACACAUACAGCACAUCCUCAAUGUUAUAACUGGAGUCAUAGUCAGAGUCCUCCAGUGUUUUCAGCAAGCCAACAAAAGGGUUCUCAGAAGUCUGCAGGUAAAAAGUAUCAUAGUUACUGCAUGUGGUGCUUCCUGCACUGAAAAUGUAGCAAUACAGGUUAGAUGUUCUCUGUUUUGGUUGAUGCAUUAGGAAUGAGUUGAAUCAAAUUGAAGGGGCCUUAUUUACUCUCGUGCACAGCGGCUGUAGCAGAGUGUUUGUGAUGCUAGGAAAUGUGAAAAGGUCCUUGAUGUGCAGGUCUCUGCGUAGAUCAAAGUAUUGUAUGGAGCUGGAUGUUUUGAUGUUGUGUGUCUGUGUGGUAGUCAGAAUGAGUGAGACUGAAUGGAGCCAGACUGUUAGCUUCCACAUGUGUUGGACACGGGUGCGCACAGACGUCACUGAGGUACUGACCAGCUGAGUAUUGUACGAUGACACCGUCAGUAACCGUCAGAGGGUUUUGAUAGAUUAAAAAGUUCAUCGUAAUACUUGAUCACUGUCUGUCAACAUCGCACAUUCAAACACAUUUUGUCAAUAAGCUGAUUUUCCUUAACGAGGGAGUUCUCACAUGAUGGAGUGUGAUAUUUAAAUAACGAGAAAGCUUUGUAUACAUUGGGAUAUUUGAGAUAUCUUCUGAUUCAUCUCUGCAUGAAGGUGUUAUUCUCAUACAUUAAUAAAGAUGAACGUAUAACCCGACUGUUAUAAGUAUCUCACAAACCACACUAUUUUUAAACUAGAGUUUUUUAACCCCUAAUUUCACCUCAAUACACUACUGCCCUGCACUGACAAGCCAUGAAAGUCUUCACUGUUACAUGUUGUUUUGUUUGAGUAUCAGCUCUGUGUUGCUGAUGUACCGUUGUGCCUUAAUUAUCAAUAAAUACUUUCUAAACUCAGAGA